AUGCAAAUUGAAAGUGUCACCAAAGGACUAGAAGAGUUCAACAAUGAAAAUCCAGUCAACAAAAUGGGUAAAUACUCCUUUAAAAACAUGAAGAAAAAACCUGAGGCAGGAAAGCCUCGGUCAUGUUACUACUGCGGACAAGACAUCAAGACAUCCGUUAUUGCUCACCUCAAAUCCUGCAGAGCACGAACCAGCACAUGUAACUUCUGUGAUGCAAUUGGCCACUAUGAAACUGUAUGUAGGAAGAAGAAAGCAAUCAAUGAACUGAAAAACGACAGCGAACAACAAGAACAUCAAAUCGAAGAUCAUGACCACAGCGGCGUCUACAGCAUCAACAUCUUCAGAAUAACCGAAACACCUCAGCAACAACCUCCUCAUAAGAGACGCAUGAAAACCAGAGAUUUCAACGCACAAGUCAUCAUCAACAAUAGCCUUGCAAAAGUGUUGGCUGACACAGGUGCAAGUAUCAGCGUCUGUGGAAGAGAGCAAGCGCAAAAAUGGAACCUCCUGUCCAGAAUGGUCCCAACCACGACCAAAGAUCAAGCCAUAUAACAGCCCGACAAUACCAGUUAUUGGAAUUGCCAAAUGCGCUGUCACAUUUGGCUCCACAUCCAUUCCAGUUGAUUGGCACAUAAUUGAUACACCAUGUGAACCUGUACUUGCAGGACAAAGUGCAGUACAACUGGGGAUAAUCCAGUUUGACCCUCAGCCCGAAGUUUACCAACCAGUACAGAUAAUCCAGUGUAGCAAAAAGGAAGCGCUUCAAGACAUCUUAAAGAAAUAUCCGCAGAAUUUUGAAGGGCUUGGAAAGUUGAAAAACCACCAAGUUAAACUGCAUGUCGACCCCAGUGUUAAACCCGUUGCCUCCCCAGCUCGACCAGUGCCAUAUCACUUGAAGGAACGUAUCAGAACAGAGAUUGACAAGAUUACCGCCCAAGAUGUCAUUGAAGAACAUCCAUCAACAGAACCAGCACCUUUGGGUGUCAAACGCAGUUAUUGCACCCAAAUCGGACGGCGCCAUUCGUAUGACCCUUGA